AGCCGGGCGGAUGUGUUGUGACGUCACCGACGAGGCGACACGUACGGCUCGUUGUCACCAAAUAGCGAACUUUAUUCGGUUUUAACAAUAUACAGUGAGUACAGCAACAUGCCCUGCCACAACCAGUCGUUAAAUAACGUUACUACCGGCCAAGAACAUAACUUAACGAAGCAUGUUCGGUUCGCCGCGAGCAGUAACAGCGUUCCGGUGGCGCCAAGCUCUGAAGCGGUGGAUGACGUCAAUAAACAGCGUUUGAACGGGAACUGUCCGAAUGGUGGUGGGCUCGGCCCAGAUGUGUUAAACCUGGGACCUCAACUGAAACUGCUUCCUCUUAACAGUCAGAUACUAGAAUUACAGACCAUCAUCAGAGACAAGACAACCAGCAGAGGGGAUUUUGUGUUCUGUGCAGACCGACUGAUCAGACUGGUGGUGGAAGAAGGACUGAACCAGCUGCCCUACUCAGAGUGCACUGUGACCACUCCUACAGGACACAUGUAUGAAGGUGUAAAGUUUGAGAGAGGUAACUGUGGAGUCAGCAUCAUGAGAAGUGGUGAGGCCAUGGAGCAGGGUCUGAGGGACUGUUGCAGGUCCAUUCGCAUCGGGAAGAUCCUGAUCCAGAGUGAUGAAGAGACCCAGGAGGCUAAGGUCUACUAUGCUAAGUUUCCCCCAGACAUAAACAGGAGGAAGGUGCUGCUCAUGUACCCAAUACUGAGUACAGGUAACACAGUGAUCGAGGCAGUGCAAGUGUUGAUUGAGCAUGGACUCCAACCCAAACACAUCAUCCUCCUCUCGCUCUUCUCCACCCCACACGGAGCCAAGGCCAUCCUCCAAGAAUUCCCAGAGAUCACCCUGCUCACCACAGAGUUGCACCCGGUCGCCCCCACACACUUUGGACAGAAAUACUUUGGCACAGAAUGACAAACGCGCAUACCAGUCCAGACCACGCUAGACCAGACCACGCUAGACCACACCAGACCACCAUAGACCACACCACCCUAGACCAGACCACGCUAGACCACACCAGACCACGCUAGACCACACCAGCCUAGACCACACCA